UCAAAAGUAAAGUCAUUGUCUAAACGUCUCUUCGUGCUUUCCACCCUAAGAACAUGUCUCUGAUACCUAAAUCUAAUGUCCCCCUUUUCCUUCUUCUACUAAUUUUCAUUCUUCCUCACAUAGGGAUUGCUGAAGAAUCUUCCCUUGUAGAGGUUCUCCGCAACCAUGGCCUCCCAGCAGGUCUCUUCCCUCAAAGUGUGAAAUCGUUCAAGUUGGACCAAAUGGGUCAUUUAGAGGUACAUCUAGAUCAUCCUUGUUUGGCUCAGUAUGAAACCACAGUGUUCUUUAACACCGUUGUGAAAGCAAACCUCAGUUUUAGACAACUUAAGGUUUUAGAUGGUAUGUCUCGUGAAGAGCUUUUUUUGUGGCUACCUGUUAAAGAUAUAUUUGUCCUUGAUCCAUCUUCCGGUGUAAUUCUGAUUGAUAUUGGGUAUGCGUUGAAAUACCUCGCUUUCUCUCAUUUUGAUGAGCCCCCAGUUUGUAGAUCUCCUAAUGGACUUGCAUUUCUAAUGGGUGGAAGGAAGGGUAUUGGAUUUUCCGAUCAAUGACAAUAUGGGUAUUCAUUUGUAUGAAAGGAUGGCUUCAAUCUUUUCAAUUUUGGGGGUUUAUGUAUGAAAAAUUAUAUUUAUGUACAAAAUUGUGGAACUUGAUAUAAAGUAUAAUAAUGUCAUCCAUUAAUUGAAUGAUAAUCAAUAUUAGUAUCUACCUUCAAUCGUCACCUAAAGAA